AUGGCGAUUGAAUCUUGGGAGGAGAAGGCCCGGACAGUUCGCGAUUACCGCGAUGCGACUCUCGCCAGGGUCGACCCUCCGCUUGUCCCGUUGCCUGAUCCGCUGCCAUUGAGCUCAAUAGACCUGGCCAAGCAACUCCUCACGGCUCGCGAACAUGACCUCACCCAGAAUUACGACGCCAUUGCGCUUCUACGUAUGCUACGCGCCAGGGAGAUUACCUCUGAAGAACUAACCAGAGCAUUCCUCCGCAGAGCUGCCGUUGCUCAAUAUGCAGUUAACUGUGUUACGGAACUUAUGUGGGAUGAGGCUAUUGCGCGAGCGAAAUAUCUCGAUUCCCUAACCCAACCUAUAGGGCCUCUUCAUGGGCUGCCGAUCUCCAUCAAAGAGCAUCAUGGUAUGAAAGGUAAGAAAUGCAACGCCUCCACCGUCAGCUGGAUCGACCAUCCCUCAGAUGAAGGGUUUCUGAAUGAUACGCUUUAUGAUGCCGGCUGUGUGUUCUAUGUUCGGACCACCGGCCCCCAGCUCCUUAUGCAUCUGGAAUGCACAAGCAAUAUAUACGGCAGGACUGUCAAUCCCCACAACCGCAAUCUCACCUCAGGAGGCAGCAGCGGCGGUGAAGGAGCUCUAGUUGCAAUGCGGGGGAGUGUUUUGGGCGUGGGCGGUGAUAUUGGAGGUAGUAUCCGUUGUCCCGCGAGCAACAACGGUGUAUACGGCUUUAAACCGACCUGCACGCGGAUUUCCGGCAAAGGCAAGAAGGCUGGAAUGGCUGGUUUCGACAGUAUCCUCGCAACUUACGGCCCACUCUGCACGAGUCGAGAAGCGAUCGAUCUGUUUAUGAAAGUUGCAUUGGAUGGCGAGCCCUGGCGUAGGGACCCAUCAUUGACCCCCAUCCCAUGGACGCCAGUCACCUUAACGAAGCCUCUGAAAAUCGCUAUUGAAUGGGACGAUGGUGUUGUUAAACCGCAUCCUCCAGUGCUCCGUGCGCUCCGAGAAGUUGCCAAUGCAUGUCGAAACGCUGGGAUGGAAGUCGUCGAUUGGGUGCCGCUGAACCACUCCGAAGCGUGGGAUAUCGUUUCCGCUCUAUACUUCCCGGACGGAGGUGAAGAUGUCCUUAAUUUGCUGAAGGCAUCUGGUGAACCCAUCCUGCCGUUAACGAAAUUUAUUAUUCACGAGCAGCCCACGGUCAAACCGCAUACCAUGGCGGAAUAUUGGAAGGUCUGUAUCAACCCACUCGCACCGCUGUGCCUUGAGCGUGAUGGUUACCGUGAAUCAUACGCCAAGCACUGGUCCGCAACAGCCACCUCUCCGACCGGUGAAGUUGACCUGAUUUUGUGCCCAGUCGGGCCCGGAUGUGCUCCACCACACGAAACGGCUCGUUAUUGGGGUUACACGGCACAGUGGAAUUUACUCGACUACCCCGGUGCUGUUUUCCCUGUUACCACCGUGGACCCCGCAGUAGAUGCGCGCGACGAGAAUUACCGACCUCGUAACGACAAGGAUCGAUAUAAUUAUAAUCUCUAUACCGGACCAGAGAGAUACGAGGGGGCACCAGUGAGCCUGCAGCUUGUUGGGAGGAAAUUCUGCGACGAAAAAGUUAUCGCUGGUCUUGAGGCCAUUGAAAAGGCCAUGGGGAGAGAGUAA